AUGGUUGCCAGCGCUCUUGACCACCUGUCGCUUGGCGGCCGCAUUGACUGGCUCGCCAGUCUGAACACCGAUGCCAAGCCUGAGAAGAACUACCGCCGGACGUCCAUCAUCUGCACGAUUGGCCCCAAGACCAACUCCGUCGAGGCCAUCAACGGCCUGCGCUCGGCCGGCCUGAACGUCGUUCGCAUGAACUUCUCUCACGGCAGCUACGAGUACCACCAGUCUGUCAUCGACAAUGCCCGCGCCGCCGAGGCCAGCCAGCCGGGCCGCCAGAUUGCCAUCGCCCUCGACACCAAGGGUCCUGAGAUCCGCACUGGCAACACCAAGAACGACGAGGACCUCCCACUGAGCGCCGGCACUGUCAUGAACUUCACCACCGAUGACAAGUACGCCACUGCCUGUGACACGGCCAACAUGUACGUCGACUACAAGAACAUCACCAAGGUCGUCAAGCCCGGCCGCAGGAUCUACGUGGACGACGGUGUCCUGGCCUUUGACGUGCUGGAGGUUGUGGACGACAAGACCAUCAAGGUCAAGGCGCGCAACAACGGCUUCAUCUCGUCCAAGAAGGGUGUCAACCUGCCCAACACCGAUGUGGACCUGCCAGCGCUGUCCGAGAAGGACAAGAACGAUCUGCGCUUCGGCGUGAAGAACAACGUCGACAUGGUGUUUGCGUCGUUUAUUCGCCGCGCCCAGGACAUCAAGGACAUCCGCGAGGUCCUUGGCCCCGAUGGCAAGCACAUCCAGAUCAUUGCCAAGAUCGAGAACCGCCAGGGCUUGAACAACUUCCCCGAGAUUCUGGCCGAGACCGACGGCGUCAUGGUGGCCCGUGGUGACCUGGGUAUCGAGAUCCCCGCCGCCGAGGUGUUCGCGGCCCAGAAGAAGCUGAUUGCCAUGUGCAACAUGGCCGGCAAGCCUGUCAUCUGCGCCACGCAGAUGCUGGAGUCGAUGAUCAAGAACCCCCGCCCGACGCGCGCCGAGAUCAGCGACGUCGGCAACGCCGUCACGGACGGUGCCGACUGUGUCAUGCUGUCGGGCGAGACGGCCAAGGGCAGCUACCCCCAGGAGGCGGUGCGCGAGAUGAGCGACACCUGCCUCAAGGCCGAGAACACGAUCCCGUACGUCAGCCACUUUGAGGAGCUGUGCCAGAUUGUCAAGCGCCCCGUCAGCAUUGCCGAGUCGUGCGCCAUGGCCGCGGUUCGGGCGUCGCUGGACCUGAACGCCGGCGGCAUUAUCGUUCUGUCGACGUCGGGCGACUCUGCACGCCUGCUGUCCAAGUUCCGCCCCGUGUGCCCCAUCUUCAUGGUGACGCGCCAGCCGUCUGCGUCCCGGUACAGCCAUCUGUACCGCGGCGUGUACCCGUUCUACUUCCCGGAGGCCAAGCCUGACUUCAAGGAGGUCAACUGGCAGGAGGACGUGGACCGCCGCAUCAAGUGGGGCGUGCAGCGUGCCAUUGAGCUCAACGUCCUGACCAAGGGCGACACCGUGGUCGUUGUGCAGGGCUGGAAGGGCGGUGUCGGCAACACCAACACGCUGCGCAUCGUCAAGGCCGACGUUGAGCACCUCGGCAUUGGCCAGGAGUGA